ACUCUACGGAUGGCAGUGUCAUUAGCGCACUUGUGCCUGAAUAACUUUGUAAGAAUAACUUGAGAUGACGGAAUUUUUUCAAGGUGACAAGUGGGAUGAUCCGUUGUGGAUAUUAAGGGUUUUGGCUUUCUGAAUUUAGUUCGCGAAUGUAAUAUGCAUUUUUGCUAAGUUUUAAACAAAGACGCAGUUUUAAACAAAGACACAACUAGGACGUCUUACGUUUUUAAUCAUUUUAAACUGCCAUCAUGGACUCCAGUAAAAAGGAAGUAACAUGGCAGCUGUUGAUGGCUGUUGGUACUGCUGUUAUCGGAUCCUUACAGUUUGGCUACAACACUGGAGUCAUCAAUGCACCUCAGAAGAUUAUUGAGAGCUUCUACAAUGAGACAUGGUUUGACAGAUAUGCAGAGUACAUACCUAUAAGCUCACUAACUGCGCUCUGGUCCUUAUCAGUGGCCAUCUUUUCUGUGGGCGGCAUCUUCGGCUCUUUCUCAGUGGGGCUAUUUGUCAACCGCUUUGGCAGGAGGAAUUCCAUGCUCUUUGUAAAUGUUCUGUCCUUCAUAGCCGCCGCUUUAAUGGGCUUCUCCAAACUGGCCAAAUCCUGGGAGAUGCUCAUUAUCGGACGCUUUAUUGUGGGGCUUUACUCUGGCCUGUCCACAGGUUUUGUGCCAAUGUAUGUGGGAGAAAUCGCCCCGACUUCAUUGCGAGGGGCGCUGGGAACUCUCCAUCAGCUGGGCAUUGUUAUUGGCAUCCUCAUGGCACAGAUCUUUGGCAUUAAAGAAAUCAUGGGGAAUUCCACAAUGUGGCCCUUCUUGCUGGGCUUCACUUUUAUCCCAGCUGUCAUUCAGUGUGCCCUGCUGCCCUUCUGUGCUGAGAGCCCACGCUACCUCCUCAUCAACCAAAACGAGGAGGCAAAAGCCAAGACCGCACUUAAGAAGCUACGUGGAACUGAAGAUGUGGGUGCGGACAUGCAGGAGAUGAGAGAGGAGAGCAGACAGAUGAUGAGGGAGAAGAAAGUCACUAUUCUGGAGCUGUUCCGGUCCUCUCUCUACCGUCAGCCCAUCUUCAUCGCCAUCAUGCUGCAACUCUCCCAACAGUUUUCUGGAAUCAAUGCUGUAUUUUAUUACUCUACUGCUAUAUUUGAGAAGGCAGGAGUGUCUGAGCCCGUCUAUGCAACCAUUGGUGCUGGAGUUGUGAACACGGCUUUCACAGUUGUGUCUCUCUUUAUAGUGGAGCGGGCUGGCCGAAGAUCUCUUCAUCUCAUCGGGUUGAUGGGAAUGGCUGUAUCUUCUGUUCUCAUGACUAUUGCUAUGGCACUGCUCGAUCAAGUGACAUGGAUGUCAUACGUGAGCAUUGCAGCCAUCUUCAGUUUCGUGGCAUUCUUUGAGAUCGGACCGGGUCCCAUCCCGUGGUUCAUAGUGGCAGAACUCUUCAGUCAAGGUCCCCGACCAUCUGCCUUCGCGGUCGCUGGUUUCUCCAACUGGUUUGCCAACUUCUUGGUGGGAAUGUGCUUUCAGUAUGUUGAGCAUCUGACAGGGCCCUACGUAUUCAUCAUCUUCACCGUCCUUCUGCUGAUGUUCUUCGUCUUCACCUACUUCAAGGUCCCGGAGACAAAGGGCCGGACGUUUGAUGAGAUCUCAGCAAGCUUCCGUUCCGGGGCAGAAAAGUAUACCCGAGAUGAUCUCAACACACUUGGGGCAGACUCUGCGCUCUGAGACCUCCAUCGUGGUUGUACAUUAAUGCUAUCAACUAACCAAGUGACUGUCCUUGGCUAUAGAGUGCAGCAGUCGUCCCAUAGUUUUGUAGGCCAAAACUCAGAAGCCAGUAAGCAUUUUAGCACUUCUUGUUUCCUCGUCCUAAAGUCAAUAUGUUUGAUGGGUCCUAAAAUAAGGUUUGUGGUUAAUGGAAGCUUAAGAUAUUUUUGUGUUUUGAUGUACGGGAUAAACACACUGAUAAAAGCUCCACUCAUGAUUUUUAAAGACUUUACAUGUCUUGUAAAAGGCUAUUCCUAGGGAUUAAAGAUAUUAUCUAAAAAAUUAUGCAAUUUGGGACUGAUUACAAAUAAAAUGUUAUGUCGAACAACCGUAGUGUAGUCAAUUUAAAGCUUGAUUUGUAUCAUAAACAUCUGUUGAUCAAAAACCUUAUGUUUCGCGAUAAUUCUCAAGCCUGCGGAAAAAAAUCGUAUUGGCUUUUUGUCGAGGUAACCAGUGUGAUGUUAACUUCUGGGUUGGUCUACAAUACAGUAUGUCAUAAGGGGGUAAUUUCACAAUGGCAUGCCAGUGUAUUAGUCCUACUUGGAAUGCAAAAGUUGAUACAGCAUAGGUAUGUUUACUGUCCACACAAUGUCAAUUUUUUAAAUGCAUCAAAUAUCCAACUUAAUGCAUUGUCCAAGUUGUGCAGUAUUAAAAUGAAAUACCAUACUAUCUUUAGCUAUCACACGUGUGACAUUAUGUCAUUGGACUGCCACAAUUUAGAAUAUUUGUAUACACAUCACAACACAAACUUAAUAUGUAUUUAUAUUCUGGAAACUUUUAUGUAAACUUGCAACAUUGUGAGGUCAUAUGACAGCAAUGUACUAUGCUAAACGUUUGUUGCAAACUACAUACAGUUUUUAAAUACCUUUUUAAUAGUAUGCAGCACACUAUUAUGCAUUACAGUAGGCACUAUUAUAGCAUUCCAUCUCAGUUGAGUUAUAGUAGCACAGGGCAGACAUUCAGAGAGCACUCAUGCAAACCUCCAGUGAGUGUUAAUGUCUUUUCGGGGGGUUUUGUCAUUGGGAUGUGAUGAAUGGUUGUCUAAUAGCCUAACAAUGAAUCACUGUGUUUUUUUCUGCAUGUUCACAUAUUGUAUAUUUGUGUACUGCUAGAUCAUUUUGAAUGAAUUAACAUUCAAUUGCACAAUUCAACGUAGGUAUGUUGUUUUUUCUGUUCGCACUUGCAGUUUUAAGGUAUCUUUUCUAUUGCCCAGUCAACACAUAAUGACGCUAUUGUAAAUUCUAUACGUCUCAUGAUGACAGAGCUGCAUAUUAGAGACAUUACGGUGUCAGAUUAUGAUAAGUGUUAACUGAUACUUGAACUGUGACUUUACCAAUUAAGGUUUAUGUCAAGAAUAUUUGAAGAUUAACUGAAGAUUGUAUUCACGUGUGGCGUUUGAGGUUUAUUACAUUUUUAAAUUGGACCAAGCUUUUUGGGGUUCCAUUAUAUUAACUAACUAAAACAAUAUUUCCUUACUAAUUGGCAUAUUGCAGUAUAAAAAUAUUUAUUUGAUAAUUAUAGGUCUAUUCAAAACACUUAUUGGGUUUGAUUUAGCGUGUAUUGUCAAUGCUGUUUUUAAAGUGCAAUACUUGUUCACAUAUUCUUGUUUAUUUAUUCCAUAUAUUACUCAUCAUUAUAAAUUAAACAACUUCUAAUAGAUUUUUACACUUCAUAACUAAAAAUAUGUAUCUUUGUGUAUGAAAGACAUUACAACCAUUUAUCUAGAGGAAAACGUCAAAUAAGUUCAGUUUUGCUAAAGUGUAAUUUUAUAGAUCUGCCUGAUAUUUUUCAUUCUUAGACUUCCUAUAAUAUGAGAACUUGUCACAGAAAUUAGAAUUCCAAAAAUGUGCCAAGACAUUGCUGUGAGAGUAAAGAACUUUUAAAUAUUAUAUUUAGUUGGAAAUAAAAUCAAAUAGAGGACAA